AUAGCAGGCGUCGGAUAGCAGCCGCAGAGACAGCAGCAUCAGCAUCAGCCAACAGGGGUCUAUAGGAAUUCCUGACACCAGACUGCUUAAAGAGGUUCCUGACGCAGAACGAGCUAAGAACUCCUGGACUAGAGGUACUUUGUUCCCCGCUGUCUGUCAGGUCCAGCCCAAAUCUGGAAGGUCCCUUUGAAGAGAUGGCCCUGGUGAAAGCUGGCUGGCUCUGGAGGCAGAGCUCCAUCCUUCGACGUUGGAAGCGGAACUGGUUCGCUCUGUGGCUGGAUGGCACCCUGGGCUACUACAAGGAUGACAGCUUGGAGGAGGAGGAGGACCGAGUGCUGAUCCGGUUCAAUUGCCGAGAGGUGAAGACUGGGCAGGAGUGCCCAGAGGUACAGCUGCCUGAGGGUCGGAACCGGGACUCUCUCCUGAUGGUGUACCUGAGGGAUGGCCCCCGCCUGACACUGUGUGCUGAGACGAAGGAUGAGGCCUUAGCAUGGAAGACCGCCCUCCUAGAAGCAAACUCCACCCCGGUACGCAUCUAUGACCCCUACGAUGACUAUUACCAAAUGGUGCCACCCAAUGCCCACGAUGCCACCUACAUCCGCACUGGCUACUAUGGGCCCCAGUAUGGAGCUCCAGGAGUGACCCACGUCAUCCUGCGUGACUCACCAUACUACGGCAGAGAUACCGGGGGUGAGCUCGCUAUGGGCAUGUUGGCUGGGGCUGCCACAGGUGCAGCCCUGGGCUCCCUCAUGUGGAUGCCCUGCUGGUUCUGAGGCCUCACACCCGGGAGUGCCUGAAGAUUCUCCCACCAUUGGACGGAGACCCUGACCCUGACCCUGGCCCUGGCCCUGGCCCUCAGUAGAUGCCUAUAUGUCCAUGGCAUAAAAUUCUCCUUGAUGGUACUGUCCUGACCUCCCCAGAAUCCCAAGGACUGGGUUUUGUUCCCUCAGCCUUUGCUGUGGUCAAGCUCUGGCUAUUUACAGUCUCUCUAACGCCUGUGCCCUUCUGUGCUCCAACUACCAAAAUAGAUAUAGGAUGUCUUGGCUCUCACCAUAUCCCACAGUGACACCCCCACCUCCAGCUGUGGCUGUAAGUCUGAGUGGUUCCUUCACGCAUCCCCAUUACACACACAUACCUUCCUACCCAGGGAAUUAAACCAGAAACUUCUUUCUCACCUGCACAUCAAACACAA